UAUCUUGUCCCCACUCCUGUCAUGAAAAAAAAAAUAUGUUGGUUUAUCUAAAUUUCAUAUAAAAUCGACUCGUCACUCAUUCAUCUUUUUUCAUAUUCUCUGUCGUUUUACUUGUUUCUUAUAGCUCCAUAUCAUCCCCAUUCUUAUCUGAAUGUGGGGUGUAUGAUAACUUAGAAUCCUAGUUAUUCCUAAUAUUUCCGGGCCCUUCAUCCGAGCUUAAGUUUCUCGUACGACAACUCUCUCUCUACUAAACCUAGAGAGACUUUUCUCGACUUUCGCAACCAAAACUUGAGGUUCACGAGCUUCGCAGAUUCUGCAGACUCAAGAACAAUGGUUGCCUCAAGCCUUGCAAUUCGUGCGAGAUUUGCUCGAGCUGCACUUCAGUCAAGAGGUUCAUCUUUGAGAAGCUCAACCCUCACAAGACCAUGGACUACUGGCCAAUCGUCAUGUUCUGCCAUUGUUUUGAAGCCAAUUGGGAGACGAAGUUUCUACAAAAGCUCUGCGAAGGAUGAGUCGAUCAAUUCGCCUUCGAGCCUCAGUUCUAGAGGAGUAUACGCUCCUUUAGAUACCUUCGCGCGUCGACACAUUGGUCCUGAUGCAGAAUCAACAGAACAAAUGCUUAAAGCUCUGGAUCCUCCAGUCAACAGCUUGGAUGAGUUUGUCAAACAAGUUUUACCUCGCGAUAUCCUCUCCUCGAAAGAUCUCAAAAUCGACACCGAAUCCGAAUCUUCACAGGAAGGGUUUACGGAAUCUCAAUUGCUUGCAAGACUGAAGUCAAUUGCUUCCGAAAAUAAGAUUAUGCGAAGUUAUAUUGGAUGUGGAUAUGCUGGAACACGAGUGCCGGAAGUUAUUAAGAGAAAUGUGUUGGAAAGCCCAGGAUGGUAUACAAGUUACACACCAUAUCAACCUGAGAUCAGUCAAGGUCGAUUAGAAUCGCUUCUGAACUACCAGACACUUGUCUCCGAUUUGACAGCACUACCAAUUUCCAACGCAUCUCUGCUCGAUGAAUCUACUGCGGCCGCUGAAGCUAUGACCUUAUCAAUGAACGCCCUUCCACUUGCUAGACAGAAGAACAAGAACAAGACAUUUUUCGUCAGCCACCUAGUUCAUCCACAAACACUAGCAGUUUUAGAGAGCCGAGCAGAAGGAUUUAAUAUCAAGAUUGAAGUUGGGGAUAUUCUAGCGGAUGGCGCGGCUCGCCUCAGGGAGCUUGGAAAUGAUCUCAUUGGUGCUUUGGUACAAUAUCCAGAUACUGAAGGUGGCGUAGAGGAUUUCCGUGGUCUGGCAGAUGUCAUUCAUGCUCAAGGUGCAACUUUCAGUGUGGCCACCGAUCUUUUAGCCCUUACUGUUCUCACUCCACCUGGUGAAUUUGGUGCAGACAUCGCUUUCGGCAAUGCUCAACGUUUUGGAGUUCCUUUUGGUUAUGGCGGUCCACAUGCUGCUUUCUUCGCUGUUGGCGACAAGUAUAAGAGAAAAAUUCCAGGACGUCUCAUCGGUGUAUCAAAGGACAGGCUAGGAGAUAAGGCAAUGAGAUUGGCCUUACAAACUAGAGAACAGCAUAUUCGCAGAGAAAAGGCUACUAGUAAUGUGUGCACGGCUCAAGCACUGUUGGCCAACAUGAGUGCAUUUUAUGCAGUUUACCAUGGGCCAGAAGGGCUCAAGGCCAUUGCCGAGAGAGCUAUUAAAGGAGCUCGAUUCAUUCAGGAUGGACUCAAAAAUCUUGGCUUUGAGACCAACUCCCGAGGAACAGGUUCUGAUGGAAAGGUUCUUUUUGACACAGUCGUGGUAAAUGUUGGGCAGGGUAAAUCUGAUGAAAUCCUUAGCUACGCUACUGAGAAUUUCAAAAUCAACUUAAGAAAGUUCGAUGAUAGCCGACUUGGUAUCACCAUCGAUGAAACCGUUGACAUCAAGGACCUUGAAGAUAUUCUAUCUGUGUUCAAGAAUUUCUCCAAGUCAGGAUCAGGAUCCUCCACAGAAACAACAGAAUUGCAAAAGUCUUUUGAUAGCUCGAUCCCGGUUGCACUAAAGAGAUCAUCCCAAUACCUUACCCAUCCAGUCUUCAAUACACAUCAUUCCGAGACCGAGAUUCUUCGUUACAUUCACCACCUCCAAUCAAAAGAUCUCUCUCUCACACACUCUAUGAUACCUCUGGGUUCCUGCACGAUGAAGCUUAACGCUACUACUGAGAUGGCUCCAGUAACAUGGCCGGAAUUCUCAUCCAUUCAUCCUUUCGUUCCUGUUGAUCAGGCAACUGGCUAUAAGACUAUGAUCGAUGAGCUUGAGGCUGAUCUUGCUACUGUCACUGGAUUUGAUGCUGUAUCCUUGCAACCGAAUUCCGGCGCACAAGGAGAAUUUACCGGAUUGCGUGUGAUUCGCAAGUUUCAAGAACAGCAACCGGGCAAGAAGCGUGAUAUUUGCUUGAUUCCUGUUUCUGCUCAUGGUACUAACCCGGCAUCAGCUGCUAUGGCAGGUAUGCGUGUUGUUACUGUGAAAUGUGACAUCAAGUCUGGCAAUCUUGACAUGGCUGAUCUCAAAGAGAAAUGUGAAAAAUAUAGCGAGGAGCUUGGAGCUAUCAUGAUCACAUACCCAAGUACAUUUGGUGUAUUUGAACCAGAAAUUAAGGCUGCAUGUGACAUUGUUCAUCAACAUGGUGGUCAAGUAUACAUGGAUGGUGCCAAUAUGAAUGCUCAAAUUGGAUUGUGCUCGCCUGGUGAAAUUGGUGCCGAUGUGUGCCACCUUAACCUUCAUAAGACAUUCUGCAUUCCUCAUGGUGGUGGUGGACCGGGUGUUGGUCCAAUUGGUGUUAAGUCUCAUUUGGCACCAUUCCUUCCUGGUCAUCCGUUGGUGAAGACUGGUGGUGAAAAUGCUAUUGCUCCAGUCAGCGGUGCUCCCUUCGGAAGUGCAAGUAUCUUACCAAUUAGUUGGGCUUAUGUGAAGAUGAUGGGUGGUAGGGGAUUGACUCAUGCUACUAAGAUCACUCUCCUGAACGCCAACUACAUCAUGUCCCGCCUCCGACCUCAUUACCCAAUUCUCUAUACCAAUGCCAAUUCUCGAUGUGCUCACGAGUUUAUUCUUGAUGUUCGUGGCUUCAAAGAAUCAGCGGGAGUUGAGGCUAUCGAUAUUGCCAAGCGUCUUCAAGAUUAUGGGUUCCAUGCGCCAACCAUGAGUUGGCCAGUCGCUAAUACUUUGAUGAUCGAGCCUACCGAGUCGGAAAGUAAGGAGGAACUUGACCGCUUCAUUGAUGCAUUAAUAUCGAUCCGCAAGGAGAUCCAAGCUGUUGAAGAUGGUACCACUCCAAGGGCAGGCAAUGUCUUGAAGAACUCGCCACAUACUCAAAAGGAUCUUCUUAUUGGAGAAUGGGAUCGUCCAUACACUCGAGAGCAAGCCGCAUACCCAUUGCCUUAUCUCAAGGAAAAGAAAUUCUGGCCAUCCGUGACCAGACUUGAUGAUGGUAAGCUACUCCAUAUCCCCUUCACCUUUCAUCUACUAACAUAUUUAUAGCCUACGGUGAUUUAAACCUCUUCUGUACAUGCGGACCUGUGGAAGCCACCGAUGAUGCCGAACACGACAUUACCGGUGUUUCGGCUCCACAACCUACAUAAUUGCAUUUUAGAAUUUUGUUUUGCGCAUUUUAACAUUUAGCGAGCAUUUUUUUCACUUUGUAUUUCGGGUGAAACAUUAAAAGGAAUUUCAACAUGAAGUAAUUCAACAUUGGGAGGAGUUGUGGAUGUCUAUCUAUCAUAUAUUAUGAUAUGGUGUGAUCAUGUAUAUGGCGUUUAAAGAAUACAUGACAUAUAGAGGGUUCUUUGGCUUCAACCGCCAGGAUGGGAUUGGUAUGAUGGAUGGUUAAUUAACUGUGAAUAUAGCUCAUAUGGGAGGGCAUUUUGCAGCUCGCUUGGCAUUUAUAGAUCAAUCGUGCUUUUCUUGGUGUUUCGAUUGUGUGGAGGGGGUGAUUCAAGAUAUAUAUGCAACAAUUACAUAUUGUAUUUUGAGAGUAUUCACUUCACACUGAAUCGUGAUCUUGAUUGAUUUCCUGCUGUGGAAUAGAAUGUCUAUAUACGACGUGUAACUUAAAAUCUAUAAGAUCCAAGUCAAGUUACUCAACACGGCUCUGGGAUAAGUGUCCUUUACA